CCUCACUCUCACGACGAAACACAACGCAAGCGUUAUUUCACGUCGGUUUUCUGUGACUCCGUGGUAUCACUUCAGAGCCAUUCGUGCCGAAGCAUGUCUUUUAACGAUUUUAUCAUUUAUUUACUUUGUUCGUUUUAUUUAUUCUCACCUUGAGUUCAAUCCUGACUGGUAAGUUAUUGGCAGUCGAUAGGAAAACUAAUAUAAAAGUAAGACUAACUAGUUUACUAGUUACUUCAGUUUUAUAUCUUGUACCUACUCAGUUAUAUAAAACUGCAUUAUUAACAAAAAUGAAAUACUUAUAUUUCUUUAUGUUUUUCCUGUUAUGUAUUCAAUACAUAUUCGGUGCUAGAGAUCCUGACUGCUUAGAGCCAAUAAAAACUGGCAGAUGCAGAGGAUAUUUCGAGAGGUACGCCUAUAAUUCAACCAGCAGAAAAUGUCAAAUGUUCGUCUAUGGUGGAUGCCAAGCAAAUAACAACAAUUUCCAAACAUUAUCACAAUGCGAAAGGAAAUGUAUGAAGUCCUAACCACCAUCAGCCAUAGCCAGAAGACUAUCCACUGCUGAACAAAGGCCUCCCCCUUAGUCCUCCACGUUGAACGACAGCUCGCUACUUGCAUCCAUUAGCUACCCAUGAUUCUGAUGAUGAUGUCAUCGGUCUUAGUGGUAGGCAUACCCACGCUAGUGCCGGCGUAAGGGCCACUGAUACCCCGGGCGAAAAUAUUGUGGCGUCCACUUGACUCAAGUAUUGCACCAAUCGUAUGCGUAAGACCACCACAAACCUUCAAAAAUCCAUCUAAAAAAAUAUGCACAGUGCGCAGAGCACAGUUCUGAGGGUUUGCACCAAGAGAGGCAAGAGACUCCAACUUCAGACCUUGGCGCCCCCCAGAAUUUGUCGCCCUGCCCCCCCCCCCUAACGCCGGCACUGACCCACGCUAAGUCUACUGGUUCGUGAUCAUCACUCUACUACCUGGCCUAUCGACUAUCAGUUCAAAGUCAAAGUCAAAAAUUAUUUAUUUCAAAUAGAGCGGGAAGGCACUUGUGAACGUCAAAGUAAAUAUUACAAUAUUAUAUAGAAAAAAAAAACAAAAUGUCUGUCUGUCGGUCAAUGCUCUAGUGAAGCUAUUUGCUCGUUCCAAAGUCCUGUGGAGAAGAAUGAGCAAGAAACUUCAUAUCAGUUCUUCUACUCUUCGUUCUCAGCGUUUCAAGUUAUAUGCUUCUCUAUUUGUAACUCGCACAUAAUAAUAUUAUGUAGUUUAAUAAACAUGCUAAUCCAACAAAUGGUUUUUUCUACUUAACUAAAAAUAAUUGUUUACUCACGUGCCGUAAAUAUACUGUGAAAAGCUCUACUAGUUUCCAGUUUCUUUCUU